UUGUUAGAAAAUGUUAAAGAUUCCACAAGGUUCGAACAUGCACUUACAUUCCGGCCCUCAAAAACCUCAUAUUUCCAAAACACAGCCCACAAUUACACGGACACGGAGAGGGAGAGACAGAGAGAGAGAGAGAGAGAGAGAGGGGGACGGGAUGGGCGAAGAAGAAUCGAAGUCGUCGAAGAAGAGGGUUGUGGAUUCUUUAGGAUGGCUGACGGAAUCAACAAUCAUGCCCCGCAAGCAUCGCGCCAUCGAAGGAGUUGGGGCUUCCUCGAUUCUGGAACUCAAGGCCCAACUCUACAAGUCACAGGAGGAGUCCAAGCGCCAGCCGAAAGAGAACAUACACUCCGCCGACCAUCACUACGCUCAACACCUAGAGGUCCACCGAGCCAAGAAGAUCAUCUCCGCACACGAUUCUUUCUCCGCUAAGAACUCCGGUGUCGAGGCCCGUGCCGCCAAGGACAAACUUGAGCUAAAAGCUGUCAAGGAUGGAUCAGCAAGCUAUGCCGCAUUGGAGAGAAAAGCAGAAUUAUAUGAUAAACUGGUGAAGGGAGAACUUUCCGAUGAAGAAGAUGAAGAGAAGUACUGUGUUGAUUUCUUUAGGAAGGGUCUUGAGCAGGAUCAGUCCCAGAUACCUCAACGGACCGAUACUUCUACAACACAAGCCCAAGGUACAGAUGAUGUUGAUGAUGAUGAUUUACUGCUGAACAAUACAAAAGCAGCAGGACUUGGGCGAACGUCUGCUACAGUAGACAGGGGCCAGCAUAAGCAUUUUGUUAUGGAGGUUCAUGAAGAAGCAAAUCAGGCAAGGGAAAAAGUUUCUGAGCUGAAAAUGCGCAGGCAAGAGCAGGCUGCUGCUAGAAGAGAGAAAUUAAAGCAGGCCUACCUCCGAAAGCAACUUGAGAAGUUGAAAGCAUCUAAAGCAGAGCAAACCUGAGUAUGGAGGUGCUGGAUGACGUGAAGGAGCUUCGGUGAAUUUCAACUCAAGCAAAAUCAGAUAUAUAUUACCGCACCUAUUAAUCUGAGAUGUUUGCAAUGCAUGGUGGCGGGGAGAAAUUGUCAGGCUCGGAUGUUGAGUACAACAUGCCCUGAAGACAGAAAUGGGUCAGUCAGCCCGAGGAAAGAGUUCGGACUGCCGAGAAAUGUGUACAUUUUAGUUUGGGGAGAAUGUCUUCGAAAUUUGACAAAUUGAUGCAAAGCCAAAAGAUGAAGUGUAGAGCUGCGUUUUCUUUUCAUUUUUGCCGAGUCCCUUUCACUUUGAACAUAUUUUUACCAAAAGAAAAGAGGCCAAUUUAAUACC